UUCCUCCUACCCUCCUUCCUCAUAAUUAGAUCCCGAGAGCGAGAGAGAGGUGUCCCAAAAGCAAAGAAGAGGAACAAAUCUUGUGCUGUCCCAUUUUCUCUCCCCUCCCUUCCCCUUUCCCGGAAAACGGAGGGAAAACCGAGAGAAAACGGAGGAAAGGGAAGGAAAGUUCGAAACUUCGGGGGAGAGAGGGGGAGGCAGCGAUGGACAAGAAUGUGACAGUGGGUUCGAAGUUCCCUUUGAGCUUUUGGGAGCUGACAAUGGCGACCCUGGUCAUCAUGGGCUUCGUUUUGGGACUCGCCGGCGUUUAUCUCACCAUGCCUGACUCGGAUUACAGCUUCCUCAGGUUGCCUCGCAGCCUCGAGGAUCUCCAUAUUCUCCGAGACAAUCUUGAGGGCUACACAAGUGACUAUACGCUGCAGGUCCUCGUUGGUUACUGCAUCAUCUACAUAUUCAUGCAGACUUUUAUGAUUCCUGGAACGGUUUUCAUGUCUCUGCUUGCUGGAGCUCUGUUUGGUGUUUUCAAAGGCGUAGCUCUUGUAGUUUUCGCUGCCACUGCAGGAGCUUCUUCAUGCUAUUUCCUAUCUAAACUGAUUGGACGGCCCAUUAUCUUCUCUCUGUGGCCUGAAAAGCUGCAUUUUUUCCAAGCUCAGGUGGCGAAGAGAAGAGAGCGGCUAUUGAACUAUAUGCUCUUCUUGAGGGUUACACCAACCUUGCCAAACACAUUCAUAAAUUUCGCUUCCCCAAUAGUUGAUGUACCUUAUCACACUUUCUUUCUGGCUACAGUCAUUGGAAUCAUACCUGCUGCUUAUGUUACUGUCCGGGCUGGGAUUACUCUGGGAGAGCUGCGAUCCGUUGGGGAUCUCUAUGAUUUCCAAUCGAUCGCUACCCUCUUCUUCAUUGGAGUCAUCUCCAUCACCCCCACGCUGAUGGGCAAGAACGAAUCAUAGCGAUUGCUGGCUUAACCUCCCAAGGCUAGCUGUCUGGUUCCACCUCCACUGUACAUAUAACCAUCAAUCCAAGUACAGCUGUUGCUGUUUCUGUUCCUUAACAAGGUUGAAAUCUGCACCCACUUGAAACAAUCAGGAAAAGCAUGUUGCUCACCGCGACUCGGCUACAGGAAAAGAGUGAUGUCGACUUUAAUGGUUGAAGGGGGGGUAAAAGCUGGUUUGGCAUUUCCGGCUUGGAGCCAAACUUUGAGUCCUUCACAUCAAAUAAAGACAUCUUGAUCCCAUAGGGAUCCUUAUAAUGUUCUAGACCGAUGCUGGUAAGUGAUGGCUGUCUGGCUGUUGUAUAUCUAAUGUUACGUGGAUGAUUUGUAGCUUGUGCGUUAGAUAAUCUCAAUCCCUCGUUUAUUGUAUCGCGAUUUCCCUGCCUGAAUGAUUCGUAGCCUUCAAUGACCAAAUGCUAAUUCGCUGCCUGAAUGAAUAGUGAUUGUAUGAUUUGCUA